AUGUUGCCUGUGUUCCUCCUAGGUGAGAUUGCAGAGUCUAUUCCUGCACAAGUCCAAGAAGAGGGAACAGAGCGCAGAAACGAGUGGAGUGACCAUGGCAACGCUCUUCCAUGGAAUAACGGUCUGCCAUCUUCACAUCUGUCCUUCCUCCCUGCUGAAACUCCCAUUGUGCCUUACAAAAUCAUCAACUCUUUCCCUUCCCGACCACGGAGAAGUAUUCCAAAAGCCCGUAUUUCAGAUGUACUGAGAGAUGAUCCUCGUUACACAGUUCAACCCCCAAACUUCCUCCUGGAAUUCUUGAAACCCACUCAGUCAGAGAGUGAACCAGACCAGACCAGCCAAUCACAGAAGAAAGUGGUCCAGUACCUGUCAGGGUAUAACUACAGGAAGCUUGUCGAUCACCUCCUGUCUGAGCUGCAUGAUGGGCAGCAGAGAGAAGUGGCCAGUCAGAUUUUGAGCUGCGAGCAGUUGCCUCAACUUGAACGCAGGAUCCCACAACGGCAGAUCAUAUGUGUAGUUCUGAGCUUCCAGGGUUCAUGCCGAUCACAUUCCCCUUCCCUCGCUCCAGUCAGCCCGUCUGAACGUGCAGUUGUAGAGUGCCUCAAGAAAGGCGGUGCCACUCUCAACCUCAAGGCUCACUUUAUUGACCAGCUACCUGAUCUGUCUCUUCUUAUUUCAACUAUCUGCUACCUAAACCUUUCAUUUAAUGACUUUAGUUUGUUUCCUGUGGAGGUAUGUGAGCUCACUAAACUGGAGGUGCUGAAGUUGAGAGACAACCCGAUUGAGGAAAUCCCAGCCGAGAUCCAGAAGCUGAUCAACCUCAAGAUGUUGGUGGUCUCAUUCUGCAAGCUCACUGCUCUGCCGUCCAAGUUAUACCAACUGCCCUCUCUGCAGCACCUGGACGUGUCACACAACCUCAUCGGCCAAUUGAGCAACAGCAUCAGUAACCUCAGAUCACUGCGUUAUUUAAAUAUAGAGGGGAAUCAGUUAGCAGCUCUGCCCGCUGGCCUGCUUCGUCUCCUGCUGUCUCAACUAAAACUGGACAGGAGCUAUACACACUCGCGGCUGUCAAAGCAGGACACACACACUCAGCAGGAACAGAGCAGGGGACCGAGAGAGGAAACAGAAGUUCCUUGUCCACUGGCUCCUGGAGAACAGGUGUACCUAAGGGUGUUAAGGAUGAAGUGGAAUGAGCCUAGAAGGGAAGGGCCAUACAAGGUGGUAAGAGCAACCCCAAAAGCAGUACAGGUGGAAGGUAGCACCUCUUGGUAUCAUUUGAACCAUUGUACUAGAGUACCUAAAAUAAAACCUAGGAGACUGGAAGUUCAAGUGGUUGAAGAGGAGGGAGGUCAAGCAGCUGACACUUCAGAAGAAAGUCAGGAAGACACAAGAGAGGGUUUGAAGAUCAGGGUGAAGAAGGACUAAUGGCAGGCUCAAGUGAUGAAGAGGAAGGAGGGGAGUAGGGACUUGCCCUAACAGAGCAAGAGAGAGAGAGGGGGCUCCUGUUGUUGAGGAUGGUUCUGACAUGGACCCCCUCUAAAUUGUAUAGGAUUGGUCUUAAAGACACAUCCACCUGCUGGCGAUGGCAUUCAGAAGAUGGACACACCACCCAUGUUUUUUGGGGGUGUCGUAAGAUCCAAGAAUUUUGGUUGAAGGUGCAGAGCUUUGUAUUUGAGGUGUUGAACACUCAGAUCUCAUUCUGCCCUAGACUCUGUAUUUUGGGAGAUGGGGAGGUCACAAAAUUGGAGGAUAGGUACAAAAAAGAUUGGGUUUUGACCAGUGUGAUUGGUAGGCAGGUUAUUUUAAGGGGAUGGAAAUCAGAUGGCACGCCCUCGUUUCCAGAGUGGUGUGUGGAGAUGGGGAGGGUGGCUGCCUUUGAGGAGGGGUCGAGCAGAAGGAUGGGAGUUGGGAAUUCCUUCAGGAAGAAAUGGAGCAGUUAUUUGGUGUUUUUGGGGGACACUCGAGGAGGGGCGGUGGAGAGUAUAAUUUAGAGUUUAGUCUAUCAUUAUGCUUGAUUAUUGUAUUUUCCUUUCUUUUUUUUAAUUGUGUGUAUUUUUUAAAAUUAUUAUUUUUAUUAUUAUUUUAUUUUUUUUUGGAUAUGUGAGUUUGUAUUCUAUUGACCACAGGAGUGUUCGUGGGGGGGGAGGUUGGUAGGGGGAGGGGUUAUAGUGUGGAUUUAUGUUAAAAUAGUUUGAUUCAUUAUAUAUGUUGUUUGUCUCUUUGUGUUAACUUGUGAAUCAAUAAAAGUGUUAAUUACAAAAGAGGAUGGUUCUGACAUGGCUGCUACAGCUGCUGAAGGAGAAAGAGAUGAACCACUGCUAAUCCCUGAGCAGGAGGUAGAAGAAGAUCCUGGUGUUGAGCAUGGUAUUAAUUUACCUUUUGAAGACCUUCACACUGAUCCAGGCCCAAGCAGCCAUAACUUUCAGGCUGACUUUUCCACACUUGACUUCGCAGCCCUUGACUGGUUUCCAGAACAGCACUAAACUAACUUUCACAAAACAAAAACUGAAUUAAAUAAUUAGUUGGGCAAGGAAUAUGGCUUUUGUUGUUUUGUUUUUUCAAAUUGCCAGCCCCAGAACUAUACUAAACCAGUUCUCGAUGGACAAGCACCAAAUGAGGGAAGAAAAAAAUUAAGAUAAAGGGCCGCUAGAGUAGAAGAAAAGGAAAAACUACUAAAGAUAGCACAAGAUAAUGAGUGGUAUAAGUGGGAAAUGUAUACAGCAAAAGAGUCACAGAUGAGUAGUUGUCUGAUAUGUACACCAUCACCAAUAAAAAGGCUCAUGGUAAUACCCAACCCAUAUGACUAUAGAUCUAGAUUUCCUAGGUAACCCAGACUACAAGAGGAAUUAUAAUUCAUCACAAUGGGGACAAUGGUGGCAGCACCUGGACAUGUGAAUAGACCUAAAAAAAAAAGAGGGAAACCCAUUUCAAAUAUGAGAUUGAUUAUACGCUUGAAUAUGAGUGUUUCAACAAGUCACAGGGAAGGUAUGAUAUGGGUCAAUUUCAAGAUAAUUGCACUGUAAUAUGGCACGUAGACAGCAGAACUAUUAAACAGACAGAUGUUCUAAGGAAAUAUGUGAAACAUGCAACAGUAACUGUAAUGGAAAAUGGAAAUAUGUUAGGUUAUGUAAA